CAAGCUACCACCUCCAGGAACCUAGCCCCACUCAGCAAAGGCAGCGCACGUGGCUGGCUCCUGCUUUUCUCCCAUGACUGCCCUGUGCUCCAUCAGGUGAGCAAGGCUCCACCAUCUGCUGUGGAAGGGAGCCUGAUGAGAUUAGGCUGAUACAGGAUUUACCAAAGUCACGGAGAAUGGCAUGUGGAGAGUGGAGCUGAAUGGAGAGUGAGGAUGAAAGCAGGAGCAUCCUUCUUUUCUAGAGCUUGAAAUUGCAAGACCUUGGCCACGCAUACCGGGUGCCACAACUGCCCUUGUCUACCUUGUCCCAGAGCAGCAACAGAACUCAUAGACAGCAAGGACAUGAAGCCUGUCAGUGGAUGUUGCUAUGGCUGACAUAGCCAGUGUGGACUGUCCUGCAUCUGCGUUUCACUGUGCUGUGUGCACGAAGGUUGACGUUGCUUGGGUCUGCUUGGCUUAUUUGCCUUGCACAUCACUGCUUGCCUGCAGCGGCUGUAACCAGAUUGGCUCUACAACACCCAAACUUGUGCAUACUGCCUGCGGUAGUUGUGUUCUCUGGUGUCUGUUUUUGGGAAGGACCUGGUGGCAAAAGGCUGCAGAGAGCGGGGUGGCAGUGAAUGAACUUCCCAAAGAGGCUGUGAUGCCACACUUGUUUUUUUCCUGCUAGCCAUGAGCAGGCAGUGCUUGGAGCCAGGCGCUGCUGCCUGCCACGGGGCCUACACACCCUCAUCCCGCAGGCAGAGCAGUGGGUGGGGGUCUGCCGGGGGCGUCCGAUCCCGGCUUCUGCCUCCCCUCCUGCUUCGAACCUGCCCCGUCCCCCCCGUCCCCGUCCCCGUCCCCCCCCAAGGGGCCACCGUGCCUAGCACCCGGAACCAGUGACUCUGUGACAUCAGCCCUGUUGCUGAGGGCACCGCGGGCAACGUGAGUGCUGCGGGCACUGUGUCGGCUGCUGCGCCACUGGCAACGAGCCCUCGGUUCCUACAGCCCGCACGUGCUGCUGGUAGCGAUGCGCUUGCUCCCCCUCCUCGUCCUGCUGGCCGUGUGCUGGCCUGCGCGUGGCACAUGGGACAACUGUGGAGGGACCUGCGGGCUCCGGCCCAUGGCUUCUUACUACGGCAUGUCGCGUGUCGUGGGUGGCACAAGCUCCCACCCAGGGGCCUGGCCCUGGAUCGUCAGCAUCCAGAAUCCCUGGCUAGCAGGUGUGGGGCAUAUAUGCGGAGGGUCCCUCAUCAGCCCACAGUGGGUUCUCACAGCAGCCCACUGCUUCGUCGAGGCCAGGGACAUCAGGACGUGGCGUGUGGUGGUCGGGACCACCUACUUGACUCAGCUGGGCCCUGAGUCCCAAGUGCGCGGUAUUAGGCGGCUGGUGGCUCACCAACGCUAUAGUAGUAUCUCGCAGAGGAACGACAUUGCGUUGCUGGAAUUGGACCAGCCUGUACAGUGUGGCUACUAUGUACAGCUUGCCUGUGUGCCCAACGCCUGGCUGAAAGUGUCAGAGCUGACAGACUGCUACGUCAGUGGCUGGGGUUCCACACAUGCAAAAUCUGGAGGAUCAACUGCUGUCCUGCAGGAAGCCAGGGUCCCCCUCAUCGAUGUCAACCUCUGUAACAGCAGCCAGUGGUACAGAGGAGCCGUCCACACCCACAACCUGUGUGCUGGCUACCCGCAGGGCGGCAUUGACACCUGCCAGGGUGACAGCGGUGGUCCUCUCGUCUGCAAAGAUAAAAAUGCUGACUACUUCUGGCUUGUUGGAGUGACCAGCUGGGGGAAAGGCUGUGCGAGAGCGAAACGGCCUGGAAUCUACACCUCCACUCAGCACUUCUACGACUGGAUCCUGACACAGAUGGGAUUUCGCUCAGCAGCAAGGGCUUCUCCAACAUCAGGGGCAUGGAGUCAUUUUCUCACUGCCUCAACCCCUUAUCAGAGGCCAACACCAACACAAUCGGGCAAGUUUAGCUCCUGCCCCUUUCCCCUUGGGAAGCUGGUGGAAUUCUUUUCUCGGGCGCAGGAGCUCCUGCUGUUCCUAAAGGAAAAAAAGGCUUGAGCAACAGGAUGAAGAGGAUCCAGUGCAGGCUUGCAGCGUACCACGACCAUUUCUUUCUGGGGCACUGCCUGCUGAGCCAAAGGCAGCCUCAGUGUCAAAGGCCUGCUCCGUCCUGCCCACGCUCCUCCGAGCACACACCAGUGCUGAAGUUGACACAGUUCUUGAAAUAAACUCACCAGUUUUCACAGCUAA